GUUAAAAUCACGCGGCACCACGCCUGUCCACUGCGAGCGUGCAAUUUGAUCUUUGGAGAAUCUCUCUGCAAUUUGACAAUAGCGACAAGCCGACAGCCAAUCCUAAUUAGAUUUUUUUAAUAUUUAUAAAUUUGCAAACUCAUUCUACAAAACCACAGCGUCAUAGAAGAGUCGACCUCUCUCCCCUGGUAGAAGGAAUUAGAAACCAUGACAAGCUCCUCUGCUCCUUCACGCAAGGCUUUAAGCAAGAUCGCGUGUAACAGAUUGCAAAAGGAGCUCGCUGAAUGGCAGUUGAAUCCCCCUACAGGUUUCAAGCACAAAGUCACUGAUAAUCUCCAACGAUGGGUGAUUGAAGUCAACGGAGCCCCGGGAACUCUAUAUGCGAAUGAAACUUAUCAGCUUCAAGUGGAUUUUCCCGAACAUUAUCCUAUGGAAGCACCACAGGUGAUUUUUCUCCCACCAGCUCCUCUACAUGCGCACAUCUAUAGCAAUGGACAUAUCUGUUUAGAUAUUCUCUAUGAUUCAUGGUCCCCAGCUAUGACUGUGAGUUCUAUCUGUAUAAGCAUCCUCUCCAUGCUGUCGAGCGCGACUGUGAAGCAACGCCCUGUUGAUAAUGAUCGCUAUGUGAAGAACUGUAAGAGUGGCAGAUCUCCCAAAGAGACAAGAUGGUGGUUCCAUGAUGAUAAAGUGUAAUUAUAUAACGAGCAUCUAUCACUUGUGUAUGAAAAAAGACAUGGCUUAUUUAUCACGGGUAGCGGGAAAUGGGGGUGGGCAAGGCAUUGACCCCCUAAACCCAUUUACUUGACCCCUAGCCGUGGAUCAUGUACUUGUAGUUUUCUUUGAACGUGAUUACCUUCCUAAAGGAAAUGCGUUUUAAAAAUCUAUUUAAAAUUGUUAUGAUUUUAUUAA